CUAAACUGUGGGCUAUAGGUCCGAGUUAAAGGACACGAAACUGCUGAACGUAGCCUAAAUGGUGGCUUCAGAGGUUCCUGGAGUAGGCCUAUUUGUCGUGCCCAGGAAGAAUGGCAGAGGCUGUUUCUAUUAACCAAGAGGACCUUUUUAUCUGUCCGAUUUGUUUGGAUCUACUGAAGGAUCCAGUCUCUCUUAACUGUGGACACAAUUACUGCACGGGCUGCAUUAAGGGCUGUUGGGAUCAGGAAGAUCAGAAGGGAGUUUACAGUUGCCCACAAUGCAGAGAGACUUUCACUCCAAGACCGGUUCUAAAGAAAAAUAACGUUUUUGCUGAGCUUGUGGAACAGUUCAGGAAGACCAGAAUUGAAGAUACCGCUUCUUCUUCUUCUCAGUGUUUUGCUGGACCUGGAGACGUGGAGUGUGACAGCUGCACCGGGAGAAAACGAAAAGCCGUCAAGUCUUGCCUGGUGUGUUUGUUGUCGUACUGUGAGACUCACCUCCAGCUCCAUGGUGAACUCUCAGGGAAAAGACACAACGUGGUCGAUGUCACCGGCCAGCUACAGGACAAGAUCUGCGCUCAACACCAGAAGCUCCUGGAGGUAUUUUGUCGCACGGAUCAGAGUUGCGUCUGUGUGCUAUGUCUAGAUGAACACAAAAGCCACGAGACGGUCUCAGCUGCAGCUGGGAGAAUGGAGAAACAGAAGGAAAUGGAGGAGACCAAGAGGAAACUCCAGCAGAGACUCCAGGUGAGAGAGAAGGAGCUGCUGGAGCUGAGGAAGGCUGUGAAGACUCUCAAGAGCUCUGCACGGACAGCAGUGGAGGACAGUGAGAGGAUCUUUACUGACAUGAUCCGCUCCAUUGAGAGAAGGCGCUCUGGGGUGACGGGGCUGAUCAGAGCUCAGGAGAAGGCUGAGGUGAGUUGGGCUGAAGGAGUCCUGAAGAGACUGGAGCAGGAGAUUGCUGAGCUGAAGAGGAGAGAUGCUGAGCUGGAGCAGCUUUCACACACAGAGGAUCACAUCCAUUUCCUCAAGAAUUUUCAGUCAGGCAGCCCUCAACCUCAGUCUAAGGACUUAUCCAGCACCUAUGUCAGCCAAAAGUGGUCUUUUGAGGCUGUGAAGAAAUCUGUCUCCACACUGAAGAGGCAGCUGGAGGAUUUCUUCACGCAGGAAGUCAUGAAGAUCUCUGUAGCAGUGUCUGAUGGCCAGGCUGUUUUUACUGAGCCAGUAACCAGAGAGGAUUUCUUAAAGUACUCUGGUCACUUCACACUGGAUCCAAACACAGCACGCAGAUACCUCCAACUGUCUGAGGGGAACAGGAGGGUGAAGAAGACAUAUCAUCAGUCAUAUCCUGAUCAUCCAGAGAGAUUUGAUUGGAGGGAUCAGGUGCUGUGUAGAGAGGGUGUGUCUGGACGCUGCUACUGGGAGGUUGAGUUGAGUGAGGGGGUUGAUAUAGCAGUCUCAUAUAAAAGCAUCAGCAGGAAAGGACUGGGUGAUGAGUGUAGGUUUGGACGUAAUAAUCAGUCCUGGAGUCUGUGCCGCUACAGCUACAUAUACAGGUCUUCUUUCUGGCACAAUGAUAGAGAGACUGAACUCCCUCUAGUGGCCAGCUCCAGAAUUGGAGUGUAUGUUGAUCACAAGGCAGGAACUCUAGCUUUCUACAGCAUCUCUGACACAAUGACCCUCCUGCACAAAGUCCAGACCACAUUCACUCACACACUCUACCUUGGGUUUACAUGUGAAAAUAAUGGAUCAACAGUGAAACUGUUGUGACUCACUGUAUUAAGCAGGACACAUUUGUCUUCAACAAAUACAUAACUAAAAUGUUGUCAAACAGAACACUCCUGAACCCAGAUCAGAAUGUUGAAAUCAUCUGUGUUCUGUGGGAGAGCAAAUACUCACUCUGAGUGGCUGCAUGUGUAGAAUAAAGCUGAUGUGUGUGUCUAAACUUAUGUGAUGUUGGUGGCAGGGAUAGACAU